CCGCGUUUGCAGAGCGUGGAGAUGGGGCCCAGCCGACCGGCCCCCGCGCCCUGGCCUGGUCACCUGCUGCGUUGCGUCUUGCUCCUCGGGGGCCUGCACCUCGGCCGCCAGGGCACUGCCGCCGUCCCCCCGGCCGCAGGGUACCCCCCCUACACCCCCGGCCUGAGUGAUCCUUCUUGUACCCAGACUGGCAAGGCAUGGCUCAGAGGCCGUGGAGUCGCUGACGUGGUGCUGGCUACGAGGCGAGCCAUGGCCGCCACUGGUGGACGUUCCCACCCACGCGCGCUCGCGGUCCCCGUCCCGAAUUUGGCCCUGGGCGCUCCGGUCAGCGAGAUGGGAAUAGACAAGAAGCAGAAAGAGCUCGGGGUGCCCUGGCAGACCAGGGACUGUGAGCUCCAGGACACCGUUCUGGAACGUUCGCCAGAACCAGAUGUCUUCCUCAUCUUCAGUCACGGCCUGCAGGGCUGCCUGGAGGCCCUGGGUGGGCAGGUCCGAAUCACCCCAGCCUGCAAUGCCAGCCUUCCUGCCCAACGCUGGAAGUGGGUCUCCCGAAACCGGCUCUUCAACCUGGGGACCACUCAGUGCCUGGGCACGGGCUGGCCAGGCACCAACACCACAGCCUCCCUGGGCAUGUAUGAGUGUGACCGGGAGGCCCUGAAUCUACGCUGGCACUGUCGGACGUUGGGCGACCAGCUGUCCCUGCUCCUAGGGGGCCGUCCCAGCAAUGCGUCCAAGGCUGGCCCCCGUGAGCGUGGGGACCAGACGCGCAGUGGCCAGUGGCGCAUCUAUGACACGGACGAGGAUCUCUGUGCCCGGCCCUACUACGAGGUCUACACUAUUCAGGGGAACUCCCACGGGAAGCCGUGCACUAUCCCCUUCAAGUACGACAGCCAGUGGUUCCAUGGCUGCACCAGCACGGGCCGCGAGGACGGGCACCUGUGGUGUGCCACCACCCAGGACUACGGCAAGGAUGAGCGCUGGGGCUUCUGCCCCAUCAAGAGUAACGACUGUGAGACCUUCUGGGACAAGGACCAGCUGACCGACAGCUGCUACCAGUUUAACUUCCAGUCCACACUGUCAUGGCGGGAGGCCUGGGCCAGCUGUGAGCAGCAAGGGGCGGAUCUGCUGAGCAUCACGGAGAUCCAUGAGCAGACCUACAUCAACGGGUUCCUGACUGGGUACAGCUCCACGCUGUGGAUUGGCCUCAACGACCUGGACACCAGUGGCGGCUGGCAGUGGUCAGACAACUCGCCCCUCAAGUACCUCAACUGGGAGAGCGAUCAGCCCGACAACCCCAGCGAGGAGAACUGUGGAGUGAUCCGCACCGAGUCCUCUGGCGGCUGGCAGAACCGUGACUGCAGUAUGGCAUUGCCGUACGUGUGCAAGAAAAAGCCCAAUGCCACAUCUGAGCCCAACCUGCCAGACAGGUGGGCCAACGUGAAGGUGGAAUGUGAACCGAGCUGGCAGCCCUUCCAGGGCCACUGCUAUCGCCUGCAGGCCGAAAAGCGCAGCUGGCAGGAGUCCAAGAAGGUGUGUGUGCGGGCCGGCGGCGACCUGCUCAGCAUCCACAGCAUGGCCGAGCUGGAGUUCGUCACCAAGCAGAUCAAGCAAGAGGUGGAGGAGCUGUGGAUCGGCCUCAAUGACCUGAAGCUGCAAAUGAAUUUUGAGUGGUCCGACGGGAGCCUCGUGAGCUUCACCCACUGGCACCCUUUUGAGCCCAACAACUUCCGGGACAGCCUGGAGGACUGUGUCACCAUCUGGGGGCCGGAAGGCCGCUGGAACGACAGUCCCUGUAACCAGUCCUUGCCGUCCAUCUGCAAGAAGGCAGGCCAGCUGAGCCAGGGCGCCGCCGAGGAGGACCACGGCUGCCGCAAGGGAUGGACCUGGCACAGCCCCUCCUGCUACUGGCUGGGAGAGGACCAGGUGACCUACAGCGAGGCCCGGCGCCUGUGCACUGAACACGGCUCCCAGCUGGUCACCAUCACCAACAGGUUCGAGCAGGCCUUCAUCAGCAGCCUCAUCUACAACUGGGAAGGCGAGUACUUCUGGACGGCCCUGCAGGACCUUAACAGUACCGGCUCCUUCUGCUGGCUCAGCGGGGAUGAGGUCAUGUACACUCACUGGAACCGGGACCAGCCUGGGUUCAGCCGCGGGGGCUGCGUGGCCCUGGCCACGGGCAGUGCCAUGGGGCUCUGGGAAGUGAAGAAUUGCACUUCAUUCCGGGCGCGCUACAUCUGCCGGCAGAGCCUCGGCACGCCGGUGACGCCAGAGCUGCCGGGGCCGGAUCCCACGCCCAGCCUCACGGGCCCCUGUCCCAGGGGCUGGGGCUCGGCCCCUAAACUCCGGUUCUGCUAUAGGGUGUUCAGCUCUGAGCGGCCGCAGAGCAAGAAGAGCUGGAUCCAGGCGCAGAGUGCCUGCCACGAGCUGGGAGCCCAGCUGCUGAGCCUGGGCAGCUACGAGGAGGAGCACUUCGUGGCAAACAUGCUCAACAAGAUCUUCGGCGAAUCAGAGCCCGAGAUCCACGAGCAGCACCUCUUCUGGAUUGGCCUGAACCGUCGCGACCCGGCAGGUGGUCAGAGCUGGCGCUGGAGCGAUGGCCUCGGGUUCUCAUACCACAAUUUUGACCGGAGCCGGCACGACGACGACGACAUCAGGGGUUGCGCGGUGCUCGAUUUGGCCUCCCUGCAGUGGGUGGCCAUGCAGUGCGAGACGCAGCUGGACUGGAUCUGCAAGAUCCCUAGAGGCGUCGACGUACGGGAUCCAGACGGCAGACCACAAGGCCGGCGGGAGUGGCAGCGUUUCCAAGAGGCCGAGUACAGAUUCUUCGAGCACCACUCGACGUGGGCGCAAGCGCAGCGCAUCUGCACGUGGUUCCAGGCCGAGCUGGCCUCCGUACACAGCCAGGCCGAGCUCGACUUCCUGGGGCACAAUCUGCAGAAGUUCUCCCUGGGCCAGGAGCAGCACUGGUGGAUCGGCCUGCACACCUCGGAGAGUGAUGGGCGCUUCAGGUGGACAGAUGGUUCCAUUAUAAACUUCAUCUCCUGGGCUCCUGGCAAACCGCGGCCCGUUGGCAAGGACAAGAAGUGCGUGUACAUGACAGCCAGCCGAGAGGACUGGGGGGACCAGAGGUGCCUGACAGCUCUGCCCUACAUCUGUAAGCGCAGUAACAGCACCCGGGAUGCACGGCCCCCAGACCCGCCUCCUGCAGCCAUAGGAGGCUGCCCCUCCGGUUGGAACCAGUUCCUCAACAAGUGUUUCCGGAUCCAGGGCCAGGACCCCCAGGACCGAGUGAAGUGGUCAGAAGCACAGUUCUCCUGCGAACAGCAAGAGGCACAGCUGGUCACCAUUGCUAAUCCUUUAGAGCAAGCAUUCAUCACAGCCAGCCUGCCCAAUGUGACCUUUGACCUGUGGAUUGGCCUCCACGCCUCGCAGAGGGAUUUCCAGUGGGUGGAGCAGGAGCCACUGCUCUAUACCAAUUGGGCACCUGGGGAACCCUCGGGCCCCAGCCCUGCCCCCAGUGGCAGCAAGCCGACCAGCUGUGCCGUGGUCCUGCACAGCCCCUCUGCCCACUUCACCGGCCGCUGGGACGAUCGGAGCUGCACGGAGGAGACACAUGGUUUCAUCUGUCAGAAGGGCACAGACCCCUCCCUGAGCCCAUCUCCAGCAGCCACACCCCCUGCCCCUGGCACCGACCUCUCCUACCUCAACGGCACCUUCCGGCUGCUGCAGAAGCCGCUGCGUUGGCAUGAUGCCCUCCUGCUGUGCGAGAGCCGCAAUGCCAGCCUGGCUCACGUGUUCGACCCCUACACCCAGGCCUUCCUCACGCAGGCCACCCGCGGGCUGCGCACACCGCUCUGGAUCGGGCUGGCCAGCGAAGAGGGUUCCCGGCGGUACUCCUGGGUCUCAGAGGAGCCGCUGAGCUUCGCAAGCUGGCAGGACGGGGAACCGCAGCAGCCAGGUGGCUGUGCCUAUGUGGACGUGGAUGGGGCCUGGCGCACCGCCAGCUGUGACACCAAACUGCAGGGGGCCGUGUGUGGAGUGGGCGGCGGGCCCCCUCCUCUGCAAAGGUUCAGCUACCAGGGCAGCUGCCCUCAGGGGCUGGCCGACUCGGCCUGGAUUCCUUUCCGCGAGCACUGCUACUUGUUCCACAUGGAACUGCUGCUGGGGCACAAGGAGGCGUUGCAGCGCUGCCAGAGAGCGGGGGGCGCGGUGCUGUCCAUUCUGGACGAGAUGGAGAACGUAUUCGUCUGGGAGCACCUGCAGAGCGCCGAGGGCCAGAAUCGCGGCGCCUGGUUGGGCAUGAACUUCAACCCCAAAGGGGGUACACUGGUGUGGCAAGACAACACAGCCGUGAACUACUCCAACUGGGGACCCCCGGGCUUGGGCCCCAGCAUGCUGAGCCACAACAGCUGCUACUGGAUUCAGAGCACCAACGGGCUCUGGCGUCCUGGCGCCUGCACCAACGUCACCAUGGGCGUGGUCUGCAAGCUCCCGCGCGUGGAGGAGAGCAGCUUUUCUCCAUCCGCGGCCUUGCCAGAGAACCCCACAGCCCUGGUGGUGGUGCUGAUGGCCGUGCUGCUGCUCCUGGCCCUGCUGACCGCCGCCCUCAUCCUCUACCGCCGGCGCCAGAGCAUGGAGCGUGGGGCCUUCGAGGGUGCCCGCUAUAGCCGCAGCAGCACCGGCCCCGGUGAGGCCACAGAGAAGAACAUCCUGGUGUCCGACAUGGAAAUGAAUGAGCAGCAGGAGUAG